CCCUAUAUGAACGGUAAUUAAAUACCCCUUUCCAUUCUCUCGCUCUGCUCUCCAAUUAUUCUAUUACAUUCUCUCAUGGGUUGCUGUCUCUCAUCAUUCCCCAACACAUCCCCUUCUCUUUCCGACGACGACUACUCCGUCGACCCUCCAACGGCGAUGGUCAUCUCUGUCGACGGUUCUCUCAUCGAAUACAACGUCGGUAUAACUACAGCUAAUGUGAUCGAGGCCAAUGGGAAGGGUUGCAUUCUCUGUAACUCAGACAAGCUCUUCUUCGAUGCCUACCCACCAGUAACAGCACCCGAAGAGGUGCUAGAGCCGGAUCAGAUCUACUUUUUGCUUCCCGUCUCCGAGCUCGGGCAUCGCCUCACAGGCGCAGAUUUGGCAGCGCUUGCUUUCCGGGCGAGCGCGGCUUUGAGGAAGGCCACUGAGACGCAGGGGAGGCGGCGAGGAAUAAUAAAGGUGGCGCCUUUGACGUUGCCGUGCGAAGCGGCGAAGGAGAAUAAAGGGUCUCCUUGGCUGCGCAGGGUGUUGAGCACUGUUAAAGAGAUUCAUGAGGAUUGAUGUCUUCCAGAUUCAUUGAAAGUGCUGGGCUUUGGGGUUUCCUUAGCCUUGCGUGUAACGGUUUUGUAAAUAUGGUUGCGUGUAAAUUAGUUGUUUUAAUUUAAUGUUUUGUUAAGAAUUA